ACUACGACAGCAGAAAAAAAGUGGAAAGUAGAGUGAAAAAUCGAAUCCAGGGAAAAUAGUUCUGUGCAAUCGGGUUUUCUUUCGAAUUUGUAGCAAUUUUCCUUCAGCGGUGAACCUUCAUCAAUGCGCUAAUCGCCAGUAACAAUCGGAAUCUAAUAAUGAAAUCCCUAGCAGUGCCCGUAGCCCUGGGCUCGGUGCUACUGCUGUUGUUUACGGAUUGCUCCGACGGUCGACGGCAUCAUCUGGAAGUGCGGGAUGAUUUACGGAGAUACAUCCCACUCAGCACGUUCGGAUUCUACCCGGGAGGGGUGCUGGACGUGAAGGUUUCCAAUUUCAUGGUCAUUCCUCACACCGAGGGUAAUAUUUACGGACUUUCGCUGGACAAAACCCUAUCGGAUGCGAUGAAUCCCUACUUGGAUACCCACCAGGAUAAUUGCAUCCUUCACGAGCCGAUCAGUUCGCUCCGGAGUGGACCGAUACUGUUUUUCAUUAUGGAUCUGAAGCGUGAAGUCGUUUAUCUAAAUUGUUCGAGCGAAUGGCAAAAUACGCACAUCUACAAGAACGUCAACCAAAUUCCUCCAAUGCGCGGAAAGCGUCAGUCCUUUGCCGCGGUCAGUGAUUCCAAGUCGAUGUACAUGCAGCGGAGGAAACGACAGGCAAAUGAUUUGAUUUCCGUUUGCCGCAACUACUCUUUGACUUUGCACUGCGGGAAGAAUGAUCUACCGUUUAAGGUUUGCAGCUUCAACUUUGCCAUGGAAGUCUCGAGCAAAGCGGACGAAGGCCUGUAUAAUCUGUACUUCCACAGCUGUCCGAACUACGACAUAAAUAGCCUGUACUCGCUGCAGUUCGAUGUCGAUAUCGAGGAGAAGAACGGCCAAAAUUAUCUAUCAGCCGGAGAAAUGCCCCUGCCUGCGUUAUACUUUAUGAUGUCGCUGCUGUUCUUCCUGUCCGGGCUGUUUUGGGUGUUCAUUUUGAAGAAGAGCAAACAUCCCGUCUUCAAGAUUCACUACUUGAUGGCGGUGUUGGUGUUUUUGAAAUCUCUCUCGCUGCUUUUCCACGGAAUCAACUACCACUUCAUCCAGACCAAGGGCGAACACGUCGAAGCGUGGGCCAUCCUGUACUACAUUACCCAUUUGCUAAAAGGUGCCGUCUUGUUCAUUACAAUCGUCCUGAUCGGCACCGGGUGGACCUUCAUCAAGCACAUCCUAGCCGAUAAGGAUAAGAAGCUGUUUAUGAUAGUGAUUCCGCUGCAGGUGUUGGCCAACGUGGCGGAGAUAAUCAUUGCCGAGAGCGAGGAAGGCGACAAGGAACACAGCACGUGGCGGGACAUUUUCAUCCUGGUGGAUUUGCUGUGCUGCGGAGCGAUUCUGUUCCCGGUUGUGUGGUCCAUUAGGCAUCUGCAGGAGGCGGCCGGAACGGAUGGCAAGGCGGCGAUUAAUUUGCGAAAGCUGAAGCUGUUCCGGCAGUUCUACAUCAUGAUCGUGUGCUACAUUUACUUUACGAGGAUUAUAGUGUACUUGCUGAAGAUCACGGUCGCCUUCCAAUACGCCUGGUUGGACGAGAUGUUCAAGGAAAUGGCAACGUACGUGUUCUUCGUCCUGACCGGAUACAAAUUCCGUCCGGUAUCGCAGAAUCCGUACUUUUCGAUGCACGCCGACGACGACGACGAUGACGACGAAGUGGAAAUACUCACCCAAACCGGCCUAACCGAGAGCAUCAGCAAGGUGACAAACCGUUCGCAACCGGUCGGUACCAUGGUCCACGAAUCGAACGAAGAGGAACGGGAGAACUUGAUCAGUAAACGAGAAUCGUCCCACGAGUACGACUAAGCUUCGGUUCAGUCUUAGCUACGAUAUCUACCUUUGUAAUUAUUUAUAGAAGUACCUACUUGCUAACUAUUAUUACUUACAACGGCCCAAACGGGCGUAUAAAUUAAAUUCGAAUUGUGUAGGAGGAAAAUUGCUCACCGCAAUGAAGCGACACAUUUUAGUUGGUUGGGCUUCGCAAACGGUAGAAGGAACUGACUUUUGUUUUUAUUCAAUAGAAGGGAGAAGUUUCCUAAUGUUUGUUUGAGGCUUCUUCUGUGAUCUUGUGUUUUGAAUGCAUGCGCUAAGUAGGUUGAAGUAGUUAUGUGCGGUAUGUUCUGAGUUUUAAAUUAAUUAAUUUUUAACCUCCACCUAUUCGAAACCGUAUAAACCGGUCUGCUUUCUGAAUAGUCCUCAUAUGCAAACAUUGGAAUGAAUAAAUAUAUACUUAUUAUAUACCUAGUAGUUUUAGGAUGUGACCAAAAACCAAGCAACAAAAUAAGAACGUUUUUUGAUAAUUUUCCCAACUCACAUAAAGAAAUAAAAAAAAAAAAAACACAUACAGAGCUAGUAGACUUGAUAAUCUAGGAUCUAUGAAUUGCAUAACUAAAUGAUAAACAAAAAAAAAAACAACUGUGACAUUGUAGAGAAAACCAAGAGAAAUUCACCUUCCCCUCCUCCUUAGAUAGAUAGCUCCGUGCGCUCCGUGUCAAAGAAGGGUCGAUUUUUUGGAUCACGUGAGUUGACGAUGAUAGCAGACAAGAUUGCUGAUUAAUGUGUAUAAAUAAUGAAUAAACUGUAUGACAUUUCACUAAAUAA